AUGGUUCAGUGCUCAAGCAGCAAAAUGAAUGCAUCAAAGCUUGUCAAUUCCUUGCUUGGAUUAAGUCAUGUUCGAAUUCAGAAUGUUGAGACAGUUACAAAGAAACUUCAAUUAAUGGCACAAGCGAGCAGCAACAGACUUAUGACAAUCUCUGAUUUUGACUAUACUCUUUCUCGAUACCACAAUAAUGGACAAAAAUGUGUUACAACACAUGGGUUACUUGAAUAUGUUGCUGCCGAAAUCAAUCCUGAUUUUCAAAGACGUAUUUGUGAGUUGCGUGAUAAAUAUGUUGUGAUUGAAUACUGUCCUCAGACGUUGAUGGAAGAUAAAAUUCCUAUCAUGGAGCAAUGGUGGAGAGAGUCACAUGGAUUGAUUGAACAGUACAGACCGAAGAAAUCAAAAUUACGUGAUGCUGUGAAGCAUGGCUGUGCUGAUUUUCUUUUAACUCUUCAUCAAGCAAAAGUUCCAGUUGUAUUAUUUAGUGCUGGAAUAGGGCAAAUAAUUGAAUUUGUUUUGGAGCAUCAAUGUGAUGAACGUCAAAUGGACGAAGCUUUUCGUCUCAGAGAUGUUCAUAUAAUCUCUAAUUUUAUGCAUUUUUCAUUAGAACAAGAAGAAGAAGAGGCAGAAUGUGUUGGAUUUGUUGAACCUUUAAUUCAUACUUUUAACAAAAAUUCGUCAGUAAUAUCACAAGAAGCCCCGUUUUUUAAAAGUAUUGCUGAAAGAACUUCUGUGUUAUUACUUGGAGAUAGUUUGGGAGAUGUUCAUAUGGAUGUUGGUGUUUGUCAGGAAUUAAUUGUUCUCAAAAUUGGCUUUCUUAAUUUCAACUUUGAUAGCCUUAUGGAACGUUAUAUGGAAGAAUAUGAUAUUGUUUUGGUUGAUGAUCAAACAAUGGAAAUCCCUUCAAAAAUAUUUUGUUAUAUUCAUAAUGAGGGUGAACAGGUUGAUAAUGGUAUUAUUGAUGGAUUUUCUGUUGAUAUGGAGAAAACAAUUGAGAAGGUUAAAUAA